UAAUUGUUGAUUGAGAAGUAUAAUCAGAUGCUUUAUGAAAUUUAUCAACUUGGACACUGUUUGUCAAAGACCGAGGUUGACUUUAGGGUGCAAGAAGAGUUUGGUACAGUCUUUGCUGCUGCCCGUGAUGAGUUACUAGAGCUCAAAAGAAGGGAAGUGGAGUUAGUGGAAAAAGUAAGCCAUCUAGAAGAUGAAAAUAGAAAGUUUGUUGAACAAGUUGAGAAGGACAGAGAAAUGGUUGAAGCAGUGAAUGCUGAACUUUCCAAAACUAAAACGGAACUUGAGCAGGAGAAGACAAGGUGUACUAAUACCAAAGAAAAGCUUAGCUUGGCUGUAACAAAAGGGAAGGCACUGGUUCAGCACCGGGACUCACUGAAACAAUCUCUGGCGGAGAAAACAACUGAGCUUGAGAAAUGCCUAUCUGAGUUGCAAGAGAAGUCCAGUGCCCUUCAGGUUGCUAAAUUGAGUAAGGAAGAGUUGGUCAAAAGUGAAAAUUUGGUUGCAUCACUACAAGAUAUGCUCUUGCAGAGGAAUAUGAUUCUUGAAAAAUCUGAAGAAGUCAUUUCUCAGUCUGAUGUGCCAAAGGAACUUCAAUCAAUGGAUAUGGUUGAGAGAGUUAAAUGGCUGGUCCAUGAGAGAAAUGAACUGAACGUUGUAUGUCGGGAAUUUAGCAAAUUGAAAGAGGCCAUUUCUUUGAUUGAAUUACCAGAAACUGUUUCAUUUUCUGACUUGGAGUCUCGUUUGGGUUGGCUUAAGGAAUCGCUUGAUCAGGUCAAAGAUGAAGCAAAGAUGUUGCUAGAUGAACUUGGCAGGACAAAGGAAGUUGCGCGCAAUGAGAUUGACCGAUUGAGUGCUUCACUUUUAGCAGAGUUACAAGAGAAGGAAUAUGUUAGAAUGCAGUUGGAUGACCUGACGAUGAAAUAUGAAGAAAUUGUUCAAAAGACCGAUAAAGUCACACUGGAGAAGGAUCUGAUGAUGAGGAUGUUGCUGGAGGAAUGUGGAAUAAUAAUGGAAGAUCAAGAUGUGUUCUAUCAGACUUCUGAUCUGACCACGCUUGUUAAUAAAUGCUUUGGGAAGAUAAGAGAAAAAACCCAUGCCUCUUUUGAUACUGCUGGUGCUGAUCUUGAAAUGUUUGAAAGAAUGCAAAGUCUUUUGUAUGUGAGGGAACAGGAGUUGGUGCUGUGUGAGCAAUUACUGGAGGAAGAUGCACUGGUAAGUUUGCAGAUGAAUGAUAUGUCAAAUGAAUUAAGAGUGGCAUCUGAAGAACUUGGUGCACUUAAGGCGGAAAAAGAUUCUCUGCAGAAAGAUCUUGAACGGUCAGAGGAGAAAUCUGCUUUGCUAAGGGAAAAGUUAUCCAUGGCAGUUAAGAAAGGAAAGGGAUUGGUUCAAGAUCGAGAAAAUUUGAAAUUUCAACUGGACGAAAAGAACUCAGAAAUUGAGAAGUUGAGACUCAACUUACAGCGGCAAGAAUCUACAGUUUCUGAGUGCAAGGAUCAGAUCAACAAUUUGUUAACUGAGUUAGAAGACUUGAAACUUCAAGUAGAUGAAAAAAACUCUGAAAUUGACAAGAUAAGGCUCAACUUACAGCAGCAAGAAUCUAUAGUUUCUGAGUACAAGAAUCACACCAAUAGCUUGUCAACUGAUUUAGAGCGCAUCCCGAAGUUGGAGGCUGAUAUUGUUGCUAUGAAUGAUCAACGUAAUCAACUCAUGCAGUUUUUAUCGGAGAGCAAUAAAAUGUUGCAGAGAGUUAUUGAAUCUGUUGAUCACAUUGUUCUUCCCAUUGAUUCGGUUUUUGAAGAGCCUGUGGAAAAGGUGAACUGGAUUGCGGGGUACAUCAAUGAAUGCAAGGAUAGCAGGAUGUGUUUAGAGCAAGAGUUGGGAACAGUGAAGGAGGAAGCCGGUUCACUGGCUAGCAAGUUCACAGAAGUCCAAGCAACUAUGAAGUCACUGGAGGAUGCCUUGUCAACUGCUGAGAAGAAGAUUACUCAACUUGCUGAAGAAAAGAGGGAAUUAGAAGCUAGUAAAGAAUUUGUUCAACAAGAGUUAGAGAAAGCAAUAGAAGAAGCCCGAUCCCAAACUAGUAGUUUUGCUGAAGCUUGUGCGAAUAGCAAGUCACUUGAAGAUGAGUUGUUGAGGGCAGAAAAGAAUAUAUCUGUGCUCACCAAUGAGAAAGAAGAGGCUCAGGGCAGCAGAGCGGCUGCUUUAAUGGAACUAGGGAAAGUAUCGGAGGAAUUUGCAUCUCAGACGAGCAAACUAACCGAGGCAUAUAAAACGAUAAAGUCUCUUGAAGAUGCACUAUCUCAGGUAGAGACUACUGUUGCAUCACUUACGGAAAAAAAUAAUGUUGUACAAGUUGGCAGAACCACUUUGGAGAGUGAGAUGCAAAAGCUGAAAGAUGAAGCUGAGUCUCAUACUGUUAAGCUGGCAAAUGCACACACAACUAUAGAAUCACUGGAAGAUGCAUUGGCAAAGGCAGAGAAAGAUAUUUCUGUACUUGAAGGCGAAAAGAGAAUUGCGGAGGAGGAGAUAUCAACACUUAAUUCCAAGUUGAAGGCAUGCCUUGAAGAGUUGGCUGGAACAAGUGGCAGCUUAGAAAGUAGGUCUGUGGAGCUCAUUGGGCACCUUAAUGAUCUUCGAAUGCUUGUGAAAGAUGAGAGGCUUUUAUCGAUUGUGAAACAGUGCUGUGAGAGGAAAAUUGAGGGCUUACAGGAUAUGGACCUCGUCAUUAAGCACAUAAUGGACCAGGUUGUUGGCAUAGGUCCAGGAGAGCCGCUAAAUCCCCCUGACAAUGAGGGAAGUUCAGAUGUAAACAAGUUUUUCAUAAAUGACCUUGACAACAUUGAAAUAGAGGAUGAUGAGGUACUAGUGGCAGAUGCCGACAAUAUAUCUUCAUCUUUUAGAAAGAUGGCAGAAGGGUUCCGGAUGAGAAACAAAAUUCUUGCUGAUAAGUUAGAAGGUUUCUUAACUUUCCUUGAUGAGUUUAUUGCUGCUCUGUUGAGAAAAUUACAGACAACAAGGGACGAAGUUAUAAAAAUGGUUCAGAGCAUUGAAUCUUUAAACCAAAAACUGAAGAUUAUGGAAGUGUAUAAAAAGGAACAUGAGGAAGCUAUGGAAAGCUUAGAAAAUGAUGUUACAAUGCUGCUGUCUGCUUGUAGUGAUGCUACUAGAGAACUGCAGUUUGAAAUCAAGAAUGAUCUACUAGAACUGAAUUCAGUUCCCGAGCUUGGAAAACUGAACCACAGUAUUUUCCAAGAAGUGAGAGAAGUUGGUGGAGGUGACACAGCAGAGCACCAGAAGAAGCUUGACGGCAGCAACAAAUACUUAGAGACAGCAGCAAAAUUGCUAUCUUCCACUAGGAAAGCUCAAAGUCUGAGUAAACUGUUUGAGAGUACAAGUACUGUGGCAGCCUCUACAAUUCAAGAUUUACAGAAGCAAUUGCGUGAAACCUCAAAAGCUUUUGAAAAAGCCAUAGAAGAAAGAGAUAUAUACCAAAAUAUGGUUUCAAAGUUGGAGACUGAUGCUGAUUCGUUAAAAGAUUCAAGUACUGAGACAGCCUCUACAAUUCAAGAUUUACAGAAAAAAUUGCAUGAAACGUCAAAAGCUUUUGAAAAAGCCAUAGGAGAAAGAGAUUUAUACCAAAAUAUGGUUUCCAAGUUGGAGACUGAUGUUGAUUCAUUAAAAGAUUCGUGUAGAGAACUGGAUGUCAAAGUAGAGGAUUACCAAGCCAUCAAAGAAAAGUUGAACGAAAAAGAGGCAGAAAUUUCAUCAUUGUACGCUAUAUUGUCACUGAAAGAACGAGAGGCAGAGGAAUCUCUAUUGUCAGCUUCGCAGGUCAGGCAACUUUUUGACAAGAUAACUGGAAUCGAAAUCCCUGUUCCUGAAUCAGAGGUGGGAGACGUGGAGCCUGAAAUUUCAGCUGAUGUGAAGAAGUUAUUUUGCAUUAUUGAUAGUGUUGCUGAGUUGCUGCAUCAAGUAAACUCGCUAAACCUUGAGAAAGAAGAACUGGAGUCAACUUUAUCAACACAAACUGCUGAAAUUGAACUUCUAAAGGGAGAUGUUGAAACACACAUUACAAAUAAGCCAGACUCAGAAAAGCUCAAAAGUGAGCUCUCUGACCUCACAGUUGGUUUGGAGAAAAUGAUUAAUAUAUUGGGAUGCGAUGAAGAUGUUGUUGACCAAAAAUCUGCUGGUCCAAGAGGGAUCUUAGCAGUAGUAGAGAAGCAGGUUAUGACCUUGCUUUCAGAAUCUGAAAACUCAAAAUCCAAAAUCCAAGAACUUGGUACCAAGUUGCUUGGGAGCCAAAAGGUUGUAGAUGAAUUGGCAACCAAAAUAAAGGUACUUGAAGAUUCCAUUCAAGUUAGGACUGUUGAGCCAGAGAUUGUCCAAGAAAGGAGCAUCUCUGAAGCACCUUCAGUGCCCACUGGCUCAGAGAUAUCUGAAAUUGAAGAUCCGGGAGCACUUGGAAAGAAAUCAAUAUCUCCUGUUGCUUCCGCUGCUCACGUACGAUCUAUGCGGAAGGGAUCCACUGACCAUCUCGCAAUCAAUAUUGACUCUGAAUCUGCUCGCCUGGUUAAUAACAGUGAGGAAACUGAUGAUGAGGACAAAGGUCAUGUAUUCAAGUCUCUUAACACAACAGGUCUCAUCCCAAGACAAGGAAAGAUGGUUGCAGAUCGAAUAGAUGGAAUUUGGGUAUCUGGUGGUCGAAUUUUGAUGAACCGUCCCAGAGCAAGGCUAGGCCUUAUUGCCUAUUGGCUUUUCUUGCAUAUAUGGCUACUGGGAACCAUUUUGUAACUAAUUCUGUGAUCAUGUACCAUUUGGACCAAGCACAUCCUCGUUUCAUGUCAGCGAUUGAAACUUGUAUCAUAGAUAGAUGUAAUAUUGUCAUUCUUUUCUCUUAUUUACUCCUUACCCACACUUUGUAAUCUUUAGAGGUGCAGGUGCAGGUACCCGCCAGUGCUGGUGCCUAAUGUGUUGAUAUAAAGCUAUUCAUUCUUUAUUUUAGGUCUCUGCAAUUGCAUUUUAGGGGUUGCAGGGAAUGCUCUAAAGUUGUGAAAUAAUUCACAUUUGUCCUCUUUUUGAUAUAAAUAUUAAGCAAUAGAUUUAUGCA